CUUGAGUUUCAAGCAUUGGGAGGUCCGAAUUUGCAAGAAUAUAAGCAAGGAGAAUAAAAUUCACCAUUCAUACACCUUUCCGCUCUUUGUUUCGCACACAGACACACAGUGCGGGAGAGAUCUACGAGAAUGGCGAGUGCAUCGUCAUCUUCAUUGAAUUUGGAGAAUGUGCCUUCGGUGGAUCUAAUGACGGAGCUCCUCCGCCGCAUGAAGUGUUCGUCCAAACCAGACAAACGCGUCAUCCUCGUCGGCCCACCAGGAUCAGGGAAGGGUACUCAGUCACCAAUAAUCAAGGAUGAGUAUUGCUUGUGCCACUUGGCUACUGGUGAUAUGUUGAGAGCUGCCGUGGCUGCCAAAUCGCCCCUUGGGAUUAAAGCUAAGGAGGCCAUGGACAAGGGUGAGCUUGUUUCUGAUGACUUGGUGGUUGGGAUAAUUGAUGAAGCGUUGAAAAAGCCUUCCUGCGAAAAAGGUUUCAUUCUUGACGGAUUUCCAAGAACAGAAGUCCAAGCACAAAAGCUUGAUGAGAUGCUUGAAAAACGUGGUGUUAAAGUCGACAAGGUUCUUAACUUUGCAAUUGAUGAUGCAAUCUUGGAAGAGAGGAUUACUGGCCGCUGGAUCCACCCUUCCAGUGGUCGCACCUACCACUCCAAGUUUGCGCCUCCUAAAGUACCUGGUGUUGAUGAUGUCACUGGGGAGUCUUUAAUUCAACGUAAAGAUGACACUGCAGCUGUUCUCAAGUCAAGGCUAGAAGCUUUCCAUAGGCAGACUGAACCGGUUAUCGACUAUUACAAUAAGAAGGGUAACGUUGUAAACCUUCCAGCAGAAAAACCACCUCGGGAGGUGACAGCAGAUGUCAAGAAGGCACUCUCCUGAUGAAAGGUUCCCCUUUUUUUGACUGGACCUAGAUAUUUGAACUUGGGAUUUGGUCCAUGUUUUCUGAUGCAUUGUUAAAUUACUGAUGAGGGGCAGCAAGGCUUUGUGGCUGUUGCUUGCCUAAAACACCAAUCGUUGAGAUGUUUCAACAAGUUGGAAAAUAAUUGUUGACAGGGCCUUCUAAAAGGCUAAAGUUGGCUGUUACUGAACUUUAUUUUCUCUCUGUCGCUGAAGUAGGUCGUUGAGCUUAGAGCUUGUUUGG